AUGCGAAGAAAGCCGUUAAGAGUCAAAAGGUCAUCAUCCAUGGUGGAAACAAAAGAAGAACAAUCAUCGAAAAGAAAGUUAUUCCCUCUAUAUUUGACGAGUGCCCAAGGAGGUCGAUCCCGACACGGUAGUGUCUUCGAAAAAGAUGUCGAUCAUGACCUCGUUUGUAAACGAUAUCGUCGGCACUAUAAAGUGAAGAAGAGAGAAAAGGAAAAGGAAAGAAACAAGCAAAAAAGGAAAGAAGUGAAAGGAGAGAAUUUCAAAUUUGCUUAUCGGAAUUAG